GUGAAAACACUUUGUGGUACAAAGUAUCGCUUCUAUUUGUUAUGGCCAAGUGGAAGUAAUAACCCUAACUUUACUCAUUAUCCAGGACUCUUGGAGAAAGGACCUGGGGUGAAGCGACUGAGCUCACUGGAUGACAAGAUCCCUCCCAAGUCCCCAAGCCCAAGACGUACUAUCUGGCUGUCUCGAAGCCAGUCAGACAUUUUCUCCUGUAAGCCUCCACGUACAGUGAAUGUCUUGGACCCCUACUACAGGCCACAGCGAAGUGGUGCUGUGCGCACCCCCAAGAUCAACCCUUUCAGUGCUCGCCAGGACCUUAAAGGUGGCAAGAUCAAGUUCUUUGACCUGCCCAGCAAGUCUGUCAUUUCCCUGGUAUUUGACCUGGAUGCACCAGGGCCUGGAACUAUGCCCAUGGCUGAUUGGCAGGAGCCCCUGGCCCCACUUCCUCGCCGGUGGCGUUCUUUGCCUGGUUCACCAGAGUUCUUGCAUCAAGAGGCCUGUCCGUUUGUGGGCCAAGAAUCACUAUCUGAUGGGCCCCCACCACGCCUCAGUAGUCUCAAGUACAGAGUAAGAGAGAUCCCACCAUUCCGAACAUCUGCCCUAUCAGCUGCUCUAGCCCAGGAGGCCAUGGACUGCUCCAGUUCCCAGGAAGAAAACGGUUUUGGGCCAAGGCCCCAGGGGUCCAGUCCAUGCCUUGCAGGUGCCUCAGAGGAGAUGGAGGUAGAAGAAGAAAGGCUGAGAGGCUUGGCUUCAUUCCCCUUCUCUGUCUCAGGCACAGGCCUGAAAACCCAGGGAGAGCAGGAUGGGUGAAGAGGUUAAUCCCUACCUUAUCUUGGGGAUGGACCUUCAGCUGAAGCCACAGGGCCCCCCUGGUGCACAGCCUUGACUCUUUAGGGACCCACAGAGCAGGCAGACUAGGCCAAGCCAGGCUUAACUUUGGGGCUCCCAGUGCCAAGUGGCUUUGUGUAAGAGGGGAGGCAGCAUUGAGAGGCCUUCCUAGUUAGGGCCAACAGCUGAUACCAAGCCUCUGAAAUCUAGCAAGGAGCUCUGGCUCCCACCUGACCCCCCAGUGCACUUCCCGACAGGACCAGAGGACUCCUAAUGCUACUUUGAGCUGGUAAGCAGCUAAUACCCCAGGUGUAUCUCUUGCCCUUCCCUGGGGCAUAUAAGCUACUGGAUAGAACUUGGAGCUGACCAGGUAGCCAUGGCUAUUUCUCAGACCUGAAGACUGGGCGCUUCUUGCCAGUAUGUCUAAGACACUUGAAUAAUUGCUGUUUGCACUUACUACACGGUCAGACCACGUCACUACAUUUCUAUGCAAGGGGAGGGCAAGGCUGUGUGGUGGUCAAGGCUCUUAUCUAACCUAUUCAGAGAUCUUUAGCAGUUGAUUAAUCUAUUUUCGUAUUUAUGAAGGAGUCUUAGUGUUCUGCCCUAUAAGACUUUCAACCUUGUGGUUGGGAGUGGGGCUGGUUUUGUAGCCCCUAGGGCCUGCUCUAUGUAUUGGUCAACACACGAUUGGUUAAAUGGUUUAUACAUGCACUGAUUUUCUUCCCUUCCUGCUAUGGCUGGAGCUAUGGGAACUGUCUGUCCUUACAGAGUCGCAAUAAGAAAUAACCAAAGAUGAGGCUUGUCAAGUAUUUUCAUAACUUGUUUCUGUUGAUUUUUUUGGUACAACUUUCCCAAGACACUUUCAGAUUUAAAAAUAAAUAAAGUUGGUGUUACAGGUGCUGGU